AUGCCCCAUUUACCUGAAGGAUACACUGUGGAAUCUUCAGCCCAUGGACCUAGCAGUUCAGCCCUGGAUGAGGAGCAGACCCAUCUGUACUCCAUUAACUUUAAUAUCACCACAGCUGGUAAUGUAUUUCCUGAUGCAGCAGCUAAAGCUGAAAGAUGGAAGCAUAAGACCAAGACUGUCUUCUCCUGCUAUACUUACUCAAUGAAGAAUCUUAUAAUGGCAAUAUGGAAAACAUUUCCCAAAGACAAAAUUCUCUGUCUCAUGGCCUACAGAUUAGAUAAGAAUGAAACCAAGGAAAUAAACUGCUCUAAUGAGAGGAUAACCUGGGAAUCUAGACCUGAUCAGAAUCUUGCCCUUCAGAUAGACCAAGUGACCAUUGAAGAUGAUGGUUAUUACACGUGCAUUGUUGUAACACCUGAUGGGAAUUUCCAGUCUGGCCAUCAGCUCAGUGUAUUAGUGCCUCCUGAGAUAUCCUUGUCUGUGGAUGGGAACAGGACUGCCACUUGUGAAGCUUCUGCUGGGAAGCUGGCUGCCCAGAUCUCUUGGGUCCCAGAGGGAUAUUGCUUCAGUGUGAAUGAAACUCAUGGCAGCAGGACAGUGACUGUGAAAAGUAUAUGUCACUGGAAUGGACUCAAUGAAACUAAGGUGACCUGCUCCAUUUCCCAUUUGACUGGGAACAAGUCGUCCAUAGAACUUCUACCCAGUUGUAUCAACCAUUUCACAACAUUGUCACUCUACAUCAGCCUCUGUGUUCUCUUGAGCAUAAUGACCAUCAUGGGAUUCAUCCUUAUUUGGAAGGCUUUUUGCCACAGAAACUGUGAGUCCCAAAGGACAAGGUCUACUCCAAAUGUUAAUAUGGAAGAGGAACCUUAUGCAAAUUACAUGAAGAUUGUAUACUGUGGAAAUGAAAGUAAAAAUUGA